GGUCAGACAGGCCAUGCCACGCGUCCAAUCCCUAGUCAGAUUGCCAAAAUGCCUGAUUCGCUGGACAUGUCUCUCAAUGAAAUCAUCAGAAAUAAGAAGAAAUCCGCAGGAGUUAGCAGCAAUGUCAGAGGCAUAGGUUCCGGUCCCGGCCCCGGCCCAGCUCGCCGUUUCGGGAACCGCGAUCUGCUCAGAACGACGCCGUAUUCGGUUGCCCCGAAGAAACGAAGGUGUCAUACGGCUUCUGUUUUCUGUUCUACUUGUUCUUUGCAUUUUCUUUGUGUCCCUUUUUUGGUUGAGAUACACAACAAAAAUGACAAUGUGUUUCUAAUGAUGACAUUAAGUUCUUUGCAGGUGCUCUUUUCCGAGGUUGGUGAACUGAAACAAUACUCAAUCCAUUAUGAUAAGAGUGGAAGAUCAAAGGGGACAGGCGAAGUUGUCUUUUUGCGUCAGACAGAUGCUCUAGCAGCCAUUAAGAGAUACAACAAUGUUCAGCUUGAUGGUAAGCCGCAGAAAAUAGAUCUUAUAGGAGCAAAUUUCUAGGCUCCUGCAGUUGUGCAGCCAACUACAAAUGGCAUAAUGGGAAAACCAAAAGGCUUUUUCAGAAGUGUAGGAGACAUGGGUGCUGCAAAGGGACGGGUUCUCGUUAGCAACAGUAAAGUAGGGUUGGAAGGUGGACGUGGGGGAGACCGGAGUGAGAGGAUAUCUGCUAAAGAUCUUGAUGCUGAUUUGGAGAAAUACCGCAUGGAAUCCAUGCAAAUAAAUUGAAGGCUUUCACAGUUUUUUGCACAAUAGAAGAUAUCUGAACAUUGGACAGCAGCCUCUAGGUUUUCCCUACCCUUUGCUUGCUUGGCCUUUUGUUUGCCAACUAUACGCGCCUCUUUCUGUGACCUGAUCCUGUAUUGAUCGGUGCCAAGUCUUGGCUCUUCGACCUAUGAGUCUAUGACAAAUGGCUUUUCCUCUGUAAAUACGUCAUCCAUUUGAAAAAUAAGUCCUAAAAAUGCUGUCAAGAUUUGGUUAUAACAGAUGUGAAGUAUCAAUUUGGUCAUAACGCUGGCAUUGCAUUUAGAUCUAUUGAUUUUAAAUCUCAUCAUAGAGCCUGGUGAUAUUUCCAUUUACUAAGUUUGAUCUGAUAUUCACGGGGUCGUUCUACAUUAACAGUUUGGUGAGAAGUGAUAGUGUCUCAGGUUGACAGAACUUGCGAGUCUCACGAGACUGAAGGUGAAAUCAAUAAAUAUACUUUUUUUUUUCUUUUUUUAA